AUGUCGGGGUUGCAGGAGGCGCUAGUAGCAGCGGGCGGGGAGGAGGAGAAGGAGAGACUCCUGCUCCUGCGACGAUGGAAGGACUCCAUGUCCUUCCUCACUGAAGAUCAGCGAUCCUUCUGCAUCCUCCUCUCCUCGUCUGACCCAGACUUUGUGCUCAAGACGUCAUCGCCGCUGAAACUCAGUUUCACCCUUCCCGCUUCUUAUCCAGCAGUGCCAUGCCAGGUCUGUCUCCUGAACGAAGACAUACCUUCGCACAUUCGUGUCCUUGUUGACAAGGCCAUCAAUGCCGAGGCUAAGAAGCUGGCGGGGAAGACGAUGGUGCGCGAGCUUCUCAAGUGGUUCGACAACAACACAUCCACAAUCUUCCAAUGUGCUCUGGAUGUUCACAACGCAAGGACGCAAGUCACCCCGCCAAGAAAUGCUACCGCUCCUUCUCCUUCUCCCUGGACGCCCGAGGAGCAGAAGCUGCUGGAGGCCGCCAUGAAGGAAUUCCCGAGCACCAUGGAGGCGAGCGAACGCUGGGCGUGCAUUGCUUCCAAGGUGCCGGGGAGGACGAAGAAGGACUGCAUUGAGAGGUUCAAGGAGCUCAAGAAAGCGUUGCAAGCCUCCAGCAGCAAGUCGCAACCAGCACCGAAGGAAUCCAAGGAGGAGGAGGCAAAAAGUGAGCAGGAACAGACCAAGACAUCUCAUGAAGGAUCCUCUUCCUCCCAGCGUGAGUGGACGAAGCAGGAGCAGCAGGCUCUGGAGUCUGCCCUCCAGGAGUUUCCAUCGAGCAUGGAGCGCAAAGAGAGAUGGACCAAGAUUGCAGCGAGAGUUCAGACUCGUUCUAUGCAAGAAUGCUUCUAUCGCUACAGAGAUCUGAAGAGGAUGCUUGAGGAACAACUCGUCCAGGCUGCCAAGCAGCAAAUCAAGAUAGAGAAGACCGACAAGAAUCAGAAACAAUCAGCUCAGGCAAACUCACUCUCUGCAUCCUUUCACUUCACGAUUGAGACGGAGGAGACCUCGAGAGCGAAGGAAGAUAAGGGCGAAACCGACAGCGAAGAAGAGGACGACGACGAUGAGGACGAGGACGAGGACGAGGACGAGGACGAGGACGAAACUUCUAGUGAGGACGGGGACGGGGCACCACGAUCGCACAUCCACUACCUCGACACACAAGAUGGGGCCGACGCGCUGGCAAACCUGACGAGCCAUCACAGGGGAAUCCAACUGAAACUCAACGACCUCCUCCUGCUGGGCGUAAGCUUUGCUCAAGUCUCACUGAUCAGGGUGCAGUGUGCUUGCAAGCGGUGCAGUCUGAACUUGGACGUCAAGGGGGGCAGGCGCUCGACCUUCGAUGAGGACUGUACUCGAUGCAGGAUGAUGCAAUCGUUCGGUUUUCGACCAGACGUUCUGCAUGCUAACAAUAACUGUUGCGGGUGA